AAUGUGUGUUGCUGUCGUCCAGAGGGGCGGUGGAGCGUGCUCAUAUUCGAAAAGUGUGCGCGCGUGUUUAAAUUCGUACAAGGUGAAAGCAAAGAGAAUCAUCAGUUAUACUAUAAAAAUAAUAAACAAUUAUGCGGACAAUUCCGCAAGCUGAAAUGAACAAAAAUUGCGAGAGGUGUUUGAUACUCGUAUUACGUAUGCAUGUGAAAGAUUCCAAGAUAAAUAAAUUUCAUACAAAUGCAGUUUAAUAUUUUGUUAUUCUGUGAAAUUUGUUACAAAACGGAAGCAGCAAAAAUUAACACUGGAAAGCGCGCACGAAAGGAUAACACCGUUGCAAAAUUCGCGCAUUUGGCGCCUGACACGCAAACGACAGCAAAGUUCAAGUUCCUGGAAAUACUAUGCACCAUUGUCCACGACGACGGCGGCGUCGGCGUUGGCGAUGAAGUUGACGUUCGACGACUUUGCUGGCUUCGUCAUCGCUGGCCCGACGAGUGCGUCAUGCAAGUAACGUUCACUUCAGUUUCUGACCUUUCGGCACAAAUACCAUAGCUUCGCUAUAAAAAG